GAACAACAACAGGAAGUGUUUAAUUUUUCCUUGGCGCGUUUGUGAUGUGUUUUGAGCAUGGCUUUUGAGAGCUGCCGUCACACGUCCAGUAUUUCUUACAGACAUGUUAUUCAUUUAUAAUAGCGCUUUCUUCCAAUGAAUGCAGACGCGGAUCGUGCUUCACUGAACUUUUUAACGCUGCACGAUGGAAAAUUUGACCUCGCAAACUUGUUUUCACCAUCACCUUGUGUCAUCAUGUGGCAAAUUAAUUUCUUUUCACAAACAAGGCUCGAGCGAAACUGACAGCGAAAGAGGAGAGGUAUUAUUUUCAAGACUAUCGUUUAAAAAGGAAGACAAUUUAUUCCUAAACGAAGCGAAUGGAGCAGCUGUCAUCGCCAAAUCAAAAGGAUCACACGUGGAAAUUAUAAAGUGUAGAAGCGUAUUACACAUUCAAAAGAGACUGAUUGUGCCCUGUGUUCUUGUGGUCAAAAAUGCUAAGAAAUCAGAUGGUUUCCACUAUAGUCUUCUCUGUCUGAGCAACUCAAAUCAACUGGAACCUUGCUUGAAGUUUAAGCUCCUCUAUAAGGUUAAAGGGGACGUGUGGAUCCUUGAGGGACCUACAUUGUUGUGGAGUCAUGAUGAUCACGUGUGGUGUACGUCCCUGCAGUCUGGAGUGGUCCAGCAGAUGCCCUUUGACAUGUCACACACUAUUAUUGGAGAACUCCCACUUAACAAAGGGUCAUUUGUUCUUGGAUUGCAAAGUGUUUCAGAAUUCGAUCAGGAGGUGACAAGUGAAACCAGCGGAUACUUCAUUCAAGAUGGACAAAAGUUUGAUGGAAAUUUGGUUUUACCUCAUCCGUACAUUUCAAUCACCUGUUGCCUCUUGGUGCUCUCAGCUGUAAAGGCUGAUGAUGGGCUAGAAACAUCCUCAGUAGCAGCAACAUCCAAUCAACAACUUCUCUAUGUUGAAAAUGGUGUUGUGAGAGAUGUAUGCCAACUUCCUUUCACUCACCCAGAGAAUAUUCAGCAGGUCAAUACUGGGAGAAAUGGCAGUCUAUUUGUUAUAUCUUUCACUGGCAGCCAUGUCUGUGCAGUGUGGAAAGACACAUUCACUGUUGCCUCGGAGUGGUCGGGAGUUACCUCAGUGCUUGUAGAUGACUUUCUUGGCAUUGGAACAGAUCAAAUGUUACUGAUUUUUAAAGACACUGAUGCAACAAGUCAGCCUUUAGGAGUGUUUUUAAUAACAGAUCUUUGUGGUGUUUCCUACUCUAGUGUCCAGGCUAAUGAAUCCAUGAAACCACCUUGUGUUCAACCUGAGAAUUAUUUAUACACCAUUCAAGCUUUAGAAUCACGGCUAAUGAGUGGGUUCACUGUACUUCAAGAACUUCAGAGAGAAGAAAGGGCAAAAGAGAGAGUGAUACAACAGUCAUUACAAUCUCUUAUGGAUAAUACACAAAAGCCUGUACUCACUCCUUUUGAGCAGGAAAGCCUUGUUGCUCUGUGGGACGAGGAUGAAACAAAAGAUGAGAUUGAGGAUGACAAAAUGCAAGAUGUGCGAACUGUGUCAUCAAAUCUUCAAGUGGACAAGCUAUGGCAUCGCGUCACAGGAGACCGGCUGGUUGUGGGAGUGAUCUUAUCUGCUGACAUCUCUGAACCAGUGUCCGGUGUGAGCUUAUUCAUUGUGACAGACUCGGAGCAGAGUUCAACGCCAGCGGCCGUCCAAACCCAGAGCCAAGUGUUCUGGCUCCCCACUCUCUGCCCCUCAACGCCCUCCCACUUAUUGCCCUCCACUGUCUCAAAUGCCCCCUCCUCCUCUUCCUCCUCUUCCUCCUGCCCAGAGCCUGCAGCCAAGAGAAGCAAGCAGGAACACAGCACUGAAAACAGCCAUGAUCUCAACACUGGCCGAGUGGCUGUGACUGCGCUGGCCGCCCUCACACCUUUGUUGAACUCUGGCUGUGUCAAGUGCCAUGUCAUGCUACAUUAUGCUCCAACACGAGACGUUUUUCCCCCCUCGAGCAAACCGGCACCAACCAUUCUACACUGUGGUCAGGUGGUGCUGGACUUACACAGUGACGUACAAACGCAGCUACUGUCCAGACCAGAGGUCAAGACAGACGAGAGCCUUGAGGACCUGCUGAGUUUGAUGGCCUUGCUGGAUCACUGGACAUUUCACAUAGACUCUCCUGAUUACAGCCUGGGUGACAUAGUUGGCCGGAUUCAGAAAAGAGUGGGCUGUAAAAGGAUAGAAGUGAGCCCUCAACAUCUUCUGAUAAAUUCUGCGGGACCAUCUGCUCCUAUGCUGCUCCGCUGGCAUCAGAUAACCCCUUUUCAGGCAGAACUGUCAGUACACACCAGUGAGUUACAGAUGCUGCAAUUCCUGGACUUGCUGUUGGCCACUCUCCCAGGGUCAUGCACCGUGGAGCCUGUCAAAGCUACCAGAGGACAGAGUGAAGCACAAAUCUUUUCUCUGGCGCUGGAGAGGGAAAUCACCUCACUGAGGGACUGUGUGUCUGCCAUGCUUUCCAAAGAAAAGGAAGAUGAUAACAAAAGAAUAAGCUCUUUUAUCUCUCCUGACCCGCGCCGUGAGGAGCCUCUCCAGAGGUGCAGGGAUGACUGGCAGAGAGAUGUGGAGCGGAGUAAAAGGAACUUGUGCCCCCUGGUGGACGUGCAGAGAUACCGUGUGUUGACUGAAAGCUUCUUCAAAGAGCAACUCGAUGGGGACUUGGCAGCCCUCAUAGAGACGCAGAAAAGUUUGUACAGCUAAAAGGCUCCUGUCAGCACUUCCAUCAGCAAUCGCUCACCCUCAGUCCCUCAAGUGUCACUGUGUUUUGACUGUUUGUCUCGUGUGCUGUUUACAUUGAAGCUGUAUUAAAGCCUGCUCCUGAUUCUCUGCUUGCUGA